CACCAACGCCUUUUGUUUCCACCAUCUAAAAAGUCAUCUCUUUGUUUCUCUCUCUAGCUCUCUGUCUCUCUCCCUAAAAUCUUUGUGCUUCCAGUAGAUUUCAACUUGCUAAAUCGCACUUUUGUUUUUGCUCAACAAUUACAGAUGGCAUUACCAAAACGUGGGCAUAGAUUUUUCAAAUUCAGGGGCCAAACUUUAAGUGAUAUUUUCUGCUUUUAGAUCCUUAAUCAUCUGUUGUUACACUUUUAUUUACAAGUUACGUAUUUUCUCAUCAGUCUUUUGUUUUUUUCGGUUAACAAAUCAAUUCAAUGGCAACCAAAUAUAUUUCUAGCACCGAUGUUGCAGUGAUGGCUUGGAUAAUGCUUAGGAUCGAUUACUCAAUGCUCUUUUGGCUCGUUUUCGGCGUUUUUCCUUAUGAAAAUCAUGAAGGAAGGCCUCCGAUUAUUUAGCACUUCAUCACCCAUCGUUUUUAAGUAUCUACUACUAUACACUAUUUCCAGCAAUUUCACUUUUUUGUAUUUCUGUUUACUUGUUCACCAUAAUUAAAUCUUAGCUUUUAUACCGCCUUUAUUUACUAGUAGUCGUUACAAAUAUAUAGCUCUUCGUAUCACUUUCAAAAGAUACCAUGUUCAAAUCUAGAUCCAAUGAUUCCAUCCGUGGAGCAAAUACACAAGUUGGAUAUGCAGAAGUCGAUCCAUCGGGUCGAUAUGGACGAUUCAAGGAAAUACUGGGAAAAGGAGCAAUGAAGACAGUUUACAAAGCAUUUGAUGAGGUUUUAGGAAUAGAAGUCGCCUGGAACCAGGUGAAACUUAACUGUGUUUUCAGGUCACCAGAUGAACUUCAACGUCUAUAUUCCGAGGUUCAUCUCCUCAAGAACCUCAAUCACAGCUCCAUAAUGCGAUUCUAUACCUCUUGGAUCGAUGCCGAUAAAAGGACUUUUAACUUCAUAACGGAGAUGUUCACCGCUGGAAGCCUUAGAGAAUAUAGACAAAAAUACAAGCGAGUGCACAUGCGUGCGAUUAAAGAUUGGGCUCGACAGAUCCUAGAAGGCCUAGCUUAUUUGCACAGCCACAAUCCUCCAGUGAUCCAUCGAGAUUUGAAGUGCGAUAACAUCUUCAUCAACGGCCAUAUUGGCCAAGUAAAGAUUGGUGAUCUUGGGUUAGCUGCCACUCUCUGCGACUCACAACACGCUCAUAGCGUUAUAGGCACACCUGAAUUUAUGGCACCAGAAAUGUACGAAGAAGAUUACAACGAGCUUGUGGAUAUUUACUCAUUCGGCAUGUGCAUGUUGGAAAUGCUUACAUCUGAAUAUCCGUACAGUGAAUGCUCCAACCCAGCUCAAAUUUAUAAGAAAGUCACUUCGGGGAAGUUGCCAAAAGCAUUUGAUCAUAUCGAAUGUUCUGAGGCAAAACGGUUUAUUGGAAAAUGCCUUGACAAUGCUUCAAGCAGGCCUUCUGCUAGAGAGCUCUUGAUGGAACCCUUCCUUAUUGAAGACAACGAUCAAAUACCAGCCAUCCCAGCAAACCCUUCUCAGAAGCUCACUCCGGUUCAAAAGAUACUCGAAAAGACCCCUUCUUCGUUCGUCCAUGAUCCGAAGCGAACAACAGAUAUGAAGAUCACAGGCACUAUGAACCCAGAAGAUGAUUCGAUAUUCCUUAAAGUAUUCAUCUCUGAUAAAAAUGGUAAAGCAAGGAACAUAUACUUUCCCUUUGAUGUUGCGAGUGACACAGCACAUGAUGUUGCUACUGAAAUGGUGAAGGAAUUGGAAAUUAACGAUUGGGAGCCACUUGAUAUUGCCGAGAUGAUUGAUAAGGAGAUUGUGAAUUUAAUUCCUACAUGGAAGAAAAGGCCCAUGGAUUUGCUACAAAAUCUUGAUCAUCAAAGUUUCUAUUAUGAUGAAGAUGAUGAUGAUGAUGACGACAACACCCCUCACCCUUUCCACACAACCUCGUCGCAGUCAUCCCCGCGAAGUCUUGGCACGCUUGACUGGACUCGAGGUAAUUUCUGCUAUGAUGAUGACGAUGGAAGCUCUCAAAGCUCAUUAACUUCAUAUAACUUCUCCAACAUCACUUACUGCUCAGAGAAUGAAGAUGCGUAUCAUCAAAGCUCAUUUGUAAAUGGAAAUCGACAACAUCCUGAUAAGACAAACAAUAUGACAAGGUUUCGUGGUGACGAGAGAGUGACCAUAAGAUGCAAUGUGUGGCCAGAUAAGAUCCGACCUAAAGCUAUAAAGAGGAUAGGAUCGGCUGUUGAUAUCCGUAGCCAAUUGUUACACCGCUCUUUGGUUGAGGAGAUUCACAAGCGACGUUUAUUCAAGACUGUUGCUGCUAUUGAGAACAUUGGCUACCAUGAGCCAGCUUGGUGAAUUUAAGACUGCAUGUUUAUAUAACAAUGGCUUUUCCAGGUAGUAUUCACUGAAAGAGAAAUUUGUAUAUAGAAAUAAAGGUUUGAAAUGUGAAAUUUGUGAGUUGUUUUAAUUAGUGUGAUAUUUGUAAUGUAUGGUGUGAACUCUUGAGAACAUACACAUGGUUUGAAUUAUAUAUGCGAUGUAUUAUGAAAAUUUUGAUGAAGUA